CUGUCGUCAACAAUCACCAUCUCGCUCCUCUGGCCGCGAUUCCCACCACCACUACCACUACCACUACUACUACUACCACCUAAUACCCGGCACCUCCCCGUUCACUUCACCCUACGCUACUACUACUACUACUACUACUACUACUCCACUUCACUUCACUUCGCUUCCUUCCUUCUUUGCUGGGACAUGCCGUCAAGGUAGACAUUGUACGAACAAUAGCCUGCCCACACCCACAUACACCCACCCGCCCGGACGUCAAGCCGUUUCCAUGACCGCCCGUUCACGUUAACGUCGUCGUCUUUGCACCACCUCGUCUUGCCCUCUCCAAAUCAUCAUCCACCGACCGUCCGUAUGCUCGAGCUACAGCUCCCUCGUCCAAUGCCUCACGCCAUCCCGCGGGAGCAUCCCUUCACCUUCUACGCUCCUGCCCCCCACAGCGCCUCCAAGCUGGACGCCGCCAUGCAGCUGCCGUAUCCGAGGAUGGCCAACGGCUACGAACACGAUCCACUUCGCACAGCGUCAAGAGCUCCUCUCACACCCCCAGACCUUCCUGGCUCCGCCGUAAGGGUAGUCUCGCUGCCACCCAACCAGGGCUCAGGGCACCAGUACGGCUACCAACUGCCUGCAAUCGGCAACUCACGAUCAGUAGCACCACCAAGGAGCCCCAGCCCCCAGCGCCCCCAAUCGCAACAAGCUCAAGACAUGGCACAGACACCAAAGAAGAAGUGGUCAAUAUCACCCAAUCUGAGGAUACCGCCGACCAUCAACACCCCACAAGAAGGCCUUCCCCAACUGGCAGCAGAGGUGACAUGUCUCUUCUGGUUCGAGAGCUCGGCAACCCUCAAACAGGUCGUCGACACCACAUCGCCUGCCCAGCCCAUGCAGCCCCUCGUCCCCGACGCACAUCCCACGACCGGCUUUAGGAAAUGGGUGGCCACCAUCCUGACGACAACCCAGGUGGCACAAAAUGUCAUUCUUCUGGCUCUUUUAUUCAUCUACAGGCUGAAGCAGACCAACCCCACAGUCAAGGGAAAGCCAGGUAGCGAGUACCGUCUUCUAACCGUAGCACUCAUGCUUGGCAACAAGUUUCUCGACGACAACACAUAUACCAACAAGACAUGGGCAGAGGUAUCGGGCAUCUCGGUACAAGAAGUGCACAUUAUGGAGGUUGAAUUUCUCAGCAACAUGCGAUAUAGCCUCUUCACCUCCAAGGAGAAGUGGACCGAGUGGCACGCCAUUUUGGGCAAGUUUGGCACCUUCUUUGACCGAGCCUCGAAGAUUCCAGCAGCCGGUCCAGUCAGCCCAGUCGGGCCCCAGAACGCACUUGGCCUUCCCUCCAAUGUUGUUCCAUCGCCACCGACGCAGCAACAAGCAUCUCCACCCACCUCGAUGAUGUACUCUCCGAACCACAUGGCACUCUCCAAAACCCCGCUGCUGCAACCACAGGCCACCUCCGCUACCGUUUCCCCGAUUGGUGCCCUUCCAGAACUAGGUCCCAUUCAACGCAAGCGCAGUGCUGAUUACACAGUUGAGCCACCAAUGAAGCGACAGGCUCACGGAUUUGCCCCGGGUCCCUACAGCAAUGCGCCUCCGAUUCCCACACUGCAGACGCCCAUUAAUAGGUCAUUCGAGCCACCGCCAUCCGUAAACCGCCUACCCCCUCUGCCCAGCCUUUCGAUUCCUGCACCCCAGCAGGCGCCGCCUGCCCAGGUGAAGACGUGGUCGGAGCUUCCACUGCCCAUUCCUGGAGCCCGGUCCAUGACCAUGGUUUACCCGCCGCCGGUCCAAUGGCAACAGCCCAGCAGCACCCCCACGUCUUCGGCACCGCCUUCUUUUCCUCACACUUACACGCCAACUGCCGACCAGUCACGCCAGAUGAGUCCCUACCCACCUUCUGCCGGCUCUUCGCCUGUGAGUACGUCGUUUGGACCAACAAGCUCUCGCCAGCUGUCGCCGUCGCAUUUCCUCAAUCAGCGCCAGUCUCCUUACCGGCCGGUCCGUGGUGUGCAAACUCUGCUAGUUCCACCACCCCAAGCGUCGAUCCACAACCCAGCGCGUAAUAUUGCAUACGAUCAAAUGCAGUACCAGCCCUUGGGACGACCCAUGACCGACCGUCGCUCGGGUCUCCUGCCGUACAUGGACCGCAGUGCUUGGCCUGAGACAAACCAGUUUAACCAACUUCCUGUCCCCCAGCAACCAAUCUUCCGGUGAAAGGGCGGUCUAUCAUCUUCUCAUGUAUUAUCUUGUUGAAUGGCCUCUAACCCGGCCAUGUCUGCUUUACUCUUAGUCCACUGGACAUGUAUCUGUUGCGUUCGAGCGUGCAUUGUACCGGGUUUUGCUCCAUGGGCAAUUCUCUGGUCCCCUGAUCUGGUGUUGGUCUUUUCCUUGUCCUGUUACAUUAUAGCAUUCGCAGGCGCUAUUGUUUGCAUUCUACCAAGCCUGUUUAACCAGGUGGUGAUACACGAAGAGCUUUCAUAUGAUGAGCGUUUUCACGGCCCGCAAUAUACUUGGGCUAUAUCAUGAACAUUGGGGAAAGGGCGGAUUUUUGACCACUAUUGAGAGCAAUGAUACAUUGUCUCGGAUCAGGCAAUGAAAAAUUCGGUUUACU